GUGGCGUGGCGGACUCCGAGUGGGCCGAGUCGGGUAGGGCUGGAGCUCCCGAACGUGGGGCCCUGGAGGGCCGUCAAUGCGGUGGCGCCACGUAGCAGGGCGCUCGGAGCUCCCUGAGAAGCUAAAAGCCGCAUACGGAAUGAUUCACCGGAAGGCUGGAGCUCCGACGUCGUCUCAUCUGGGGCCGACGAUCGACACCCAUCCAUCUGCUCCCCCGCCAUCUCCCUCCCUGCGAACGACGAAGGCCACCCACGACGCCGUCCCUCGUUGUCAGCUAAAAGUCGUCGAGUAUCACAUUAAAUUCCAAUCCGCCACGGAUUGACAGCUUGAUUGAUAUAUUGACUGAUUGAUUGCUUGACUGAAUGCCAGAUUGCUUGUAUUGCUGCUCGGCCCAGCGCCCACCUGAGCGUACAUGUGGUUGCUGCGGCAAGCCAGCCUCCCCGUUUGAAUCUCAGUCGUCAAUCAAUAAAAAACACAGCCUUUCUUCUCUUCCCCCAUUAUCUCGCUUCUUCAACCCUCUCUCUCCUCUCCUGCCUGCCCAUCUGAUACAUAUUCAUCUCCGUCGCUAUCUCGAGGGACAAUCAUCGUGGUGUAAUUUAUUGAUCAGUCAGGGAGGGUGUGAUCUCCCGCUCGUCGGAUUGAUUGCCUGAGACUGGGCCACUCUUUCAUAGGACAGUGAAACAAUUUACGCCGUCCGAAUCUCCCAAGAGAGGUCGAGAACGCCAAGGCUGCCGCUGCUGCUGCAGCGCGCGCAGUGUAGCGUAGUGUAGUAUAGUGAAGUAUCACAGCCUUGGCGACUCGCUUCGCUGAACUUCACUUCAUUGCACUUGCACUGCGAUGGUGGUGGUGGUUGAGGGGCCUCGCUCGAUGACGUGAAGCAAAUAUUUGUACCGUAGAGGCCUGAUUGCAACUGCCGCCGUGCCCUGACGACACAGACACGAAAGGCAGCCCUCGACUCUCGGCCUCGCCUCACGUCUGACCGACCCAUUUGGAUGAUCCGCCUUCUGCUGCAGCAGCAGGACCAUCAAGCUUCCCUCGAAAAUCCUCGGACCACUCACAGGUGCCUGAACAUCGCGCCCGUCGACGUAAUGGGCCACUCGUAGCCUCGUCGAGUGCCUGAACUUGCUUUGCUGCCCGCUCCCAUCUCUCGUGACCCUUCCACGUCUUCCACCUCACCCGCGUCGUCACACGAAUUCGUCCGUCUGAAACACCUUGCGCUGCAAUGGAGGGAGCUGCGGUACCAGAUUUGUGAGUUUUGACGAGGAGCGUCUGUCGCAGCGGUGCAGAAGGGUGUCUACUCGAACGCCAAUCGAAAUCGAGCGAGUUCUAUUUUCCGGGACUGCUGCGGAGUUCUGGUCGGGAGCGGGGAAAAUUUUGAGACUCUGAGCGAGCUGGAGGAGAGCUUCGCGACUCGAACCGAUCGAUCUAUCGGUUCGGCUCUUCGUGCGCCUUCGGAAAGUCGGAGGCAGCCUGAAACCAACGUCGAGACCGCGAGGAAUUGCAGCUCAUUUGGAUGUUGGCCACAGAAGCCUGGCACCAGGAAGGAGCACAUUGUGAGGCGAUCGACUUUCCCAUUCUCAACUCCGUCGCUCGGAAAUUUUAGCCAAUUGCGGAGCCCGCCGACACCUGUCGGCUUGUGCCCCACCGAAGAAAGACUGCACAGAAUUCAUCAAUCUCAUUAUCAUCAUCAUCGACUUGCGCCUUUCAGAUUUCAAUUUUCGAAGGUGCUAGUCCACCGCCUCUAGCUAGAUAGGAGGACGUAGAUUUCGCCUACGGGACACACCUAUUGCUGCUGCACCUUUUCCGCCCCGAGCGACAUCGUCAUCAUCGAUCAUCUGCAGCAAAUUUUGACUCGAGAGCACAUUCAUCAUCGCCCUUCUCUAGUGUCUAGACCGAAGCAUCUGCCUAGGGGCUGCCAUAUCCCCCGAGCUCCUUCGUCCGCUCAGAUCCAACGGUCCGAGGCUAGAAAGCUGCCCGCUACCGGAGAGGGCCUCGGGGACACCAGUAUCGAAGCCGAUAACGGUCUCUAUUCGACACGGGGGGACCGUUGCCGUCUGCCCGCGAGGGGGAGAAAUUUUGGGACUCGGAGGCGAAGGCGAAGGGCGAUCGAGGGGGGCGGCGCAAGGAGGCGAAGAGGUGGGGAAGGAUCGAUGGGGCAGGCGCUGAGGGUGAGCUGCGGGAAUACUGCGGGGCAGCAGUUGUUUUCGGCAAUCCGGGAAGGCGAUGUGGAGUACGUGCUGCAGAUGUUGCGGGACGAACCGAAACUCCUGAACGCCGGGUUCUUCUACGAGCGUCUGGCGCCUCUUCAUGUCGCUGCUCAACAAGGACAGCUCCAGAUUCUCCAGGUGCUCUUGGAGCGAGGCGCGCAGGUGAACAUUUUGAACAGCUCUGGACAGACUCCGUUGAUGCUGGCAUGCAAAUCUGGACGCUGGUCUUGCAUUGAACCCCUGCUGGAAGCGGGAGCUAACGUUUUGGCGUUCGAUUACACUCGAGCCAGGACAUGCUUGCACUACGCUUCGCGAGGAGGUCACACCGAGUGCGUUCGGCGAAUUCUGGCCGCUGCGGCGCAGGGCCCCGUGGCGAAUUCGUGGGGCUUCGUGAGGUUCGUUAAUGUGCGCGACGGCUAUGGCAUCACCCCUCUGCACAUGGCGUCGCGGCAAGGCCAUGCCGGCGUCCUGCGCCUUCUGCUCGACAGCGGAGCUCUCGUGUCCGCCACCACCACCACCACCGGCAAUGGGCCUGGACAUGGAAGCACGCCGAUACACUGCGCUGCUCGUGGAGGAUCGUUGGAGUGCGUGCGGGAGCUUUUGGCGUGGGGAGCAGAUCGCACGCAGCGGGAUCUCACAGGGUACACUCCAUACGGCAUAGCCAUGAAGUACAACAACACCGCAUGCGCUGCAAUAUUGAAUCCGCAUGGAGCCGAGCCACUGGUUUGGCCAUCACCCUGGAAGUUCAUGAGCGAGCUCGAGCCCGAAGCCAAAACUUUGUUGGAGGCUGCGUUGGCUCAGGCUAACGACGAGCGCGAUCGCGAGAUGUCUUCACGGUCCAGUCGUGCUCAGUCCACCAAAUCCAAAGGGCACACGAAGCGAAGGACUUUGGCGGCCGUCCUGUCAGCUCCCGAGGCAGACGAAGUACCUGCUCCUUUCGUUCCUCCUGCUCGGAAUCAAGAGGAAGACAAGACUGAAGAAGCCGCCAAGGACACCACAGCCGAUGUUCCUAUUGAGACUGGAGGUCUGGGAGUCCAAGAAGUUUGUUGCAUCUGCUUUGAACAGUUUUGUACUAUCGAGGUGAAAGAGUGUGGUCACCAGAUGUGCGCAACUUGCACACUCUCGCUCUGUUGUCACAGUAAGCCCAAUCCAGCAAUCCCUUACUCUCCACCUCCUUCUUGUCCGUUCUGCCGUCGCAACAUCGGUCAUCUCAUCAUUGCCCGUCCGAAGACGAAACUUCAAGAGAGCAAGGAGAAAUCCAGAUCCAGGAGGUCGAGAAGAUCAGGCGGAUCGAGACACAAUUCGAGAGGAGGAUCUGGCGGCAAGGGUUCCUUCAGCGGACCUCUUUUCAGUAGCAGAAUAAUCAGCGGCAGAUGCGGAUCAGGUGGACGAUCAGGUAGAAUCGUCGACAUCGACUGGCUCACCAGGUUGUAGGAUAGGACCUUUUCAAUCCCUUAGUUCACUUCAGUCAACAACUUCUUUCAGUUCACAGCGAUGUUCAAUCUUCACGAACCCCUGGAAACAAGCACCCUCUACUGCGCUUUACUGCAUCAGAUCUUUUCUUCAGUCGAACAAAGCGCCUCGAAGUCGUCCAUUGUGGGGGAUCCGGACCUCAAGAGAACCUUUUCGAAAAUAGCUGUGGCAAGCGAGUCGAUUUGAACUGAUCGUCUGACAACACCAGCUCAUGGACAACUUCAUCUUGUCCAUGCGCCCAGUCGUCCUGACCCUCGUCAGUUCUCAUCAACGCGGUUGUAGGAAUUUAGAAGUUCCCCUUCCCCUAGGUUCUCUUUUGUAACCUACUAUUCUUGUUUUCCGAUUAUGCAGUUCAUGAUUCUUUGUAGCUCCAGGUUUUUCCCACCACUUGGUUGUCCGGCUGAAGUUCUAGCGGUCAGCUGGUGGUUUUCUUAAUUCUGUCAGCGUGCAAAAGUAUUCACUGCUUUUAGCAGCAGAUGAGAUUGUUGUACAAAAUUUCGUAGAAUGCACAAUCUUGUAUAUCGC